AAAGUGAAAAAUAUCAAAUGUUUUUCUUCUUCAGUUUCCCAUAAAAAUUCAUCCAGAAAUAAUGUUUAUUUCAUUCACUUCCUAUCAAUCAAUUAAUUACUAGAUAAGAUAAAAUAUUCCUUCAACAAAAUUGAUUAGAUAAAAAAAUGCUCUAAAAAUUGAUUAGAUUAUUAUUAUUCAGCAAAAAAAAAAGAAAGAAAUUUGUCGAGAGUUGUGUUUUACUUGAGCUGUGUGUUUCUACGUUUUUGUGUUUUUUCCUUCACAAUUUCAUUGAACUAAUUACAAACAUUUGAUUUGUAAUAAAAAUUAAACAAAAACAAACAGUCAUCAUUUUUUGUCUUGUAUAAUAUUUUUGUUAUAUUUGAAUUAAAAUAAAUAAAUGAAUAAAACAAUGAAACAGCAAAUGUCAUCGAGUGUCGUCGGUGGAAGCGGAGGAGGUGGUGGCAGUGAACGCCAGAAAAUAAACAACAGCAGUGAUCUGUUGACAGCUAGCGAAAAUGACACAGUCUUUGGACUCCUGGGACGACGAUGUCAGUCAAUGAACACAGCAGUAGUACAGAUAUACAAAACCGAAGGAUCUGCACAUUCACAUUGGAAGAAAAAACACACAGGAGUCGUUUGUUUCGUCAAAGAUAGUUGCAUUCGAUCUUAUUUUUUCCGUGCUUAUUGUCUAAUUAAAAAUGAACUUAUCUGGGAACAUGAGGUAUACGAAACACUUAAACUUAACAAAGCUCGACCUUUUCUUCUCACAUUCGAAGGACAGGAUGGACAUGUUGGACUUAAUUUUGUAUCCGAAACGGAAUGUGAAAGUUUCUUUCGAACAGUGGAAGCCACAAUGGAAACUCGCAAUCGAAAACGUCAAGAACGGCGCCAAAGAUCACGGUUAUCAACAGCACCACCAUCGGUGCCAAACACCAAAGAUACCAAACUUCAACUACAGCCAUCCCCUACAACUGUCAACAAUUCAUCAGAUGACCGUGUUCAGAUGCGCAAUCAUAAUACAACACCAACAACAAAAAUUCAUACAACUCAACCAAAGACAACAUUUUUGUCAUCUGGGUUUUCACUUUUAUCCAACAAAGAUAAAAAACGCAAAUACAACAAAUCUGACAUCAGUAAUCCAACGAAUUUUGUCCACAUUAGUCAUGUGGGUUGGGAUGUAAAUAAUGGAUUCGAUACGCACGGUACCGAAGAGGAUAAAAAACUAACGAAUUUCCUUAAUAAAGCUGGUGUUUCGGAAAAUCAUAUGAACGAUCGUGAUACAAGAGAUUUUAUUUAUGAAUUCAUACAAACUAAUAAUGUACUUGCUUCGGUGAAUUCCGAAGAAAAUAUUGAUGAACCAAAAGCCCCAGAACCAGCUCCACCACCUAUACCGAGUAGACAACAUCAGCUGCCUCAAAAUGGAACAACUCAAAGAUCUGCACCACCCCCACCACCAGCUAGACAACCUCCUCCACCUGUGCCCACUACAACACCACGAGGAAAAGUACCUCAGCCACCAUCAAGGCUGCCUCCUGUGCAGACAAUUGUUACUGCACCUGCAGCUCCUCCACCACCUCCUCCUCCACCACCGCCAGUUGCUGUAGUUGCUCCACCACCACCCCCAAUGCCAACUGUUACCGAUUCUGUAACAGCUACUCCCAACACUUUGAAGCCACCAGCUCCGGCGGUUCCGAUUGUAAAUGAUACGAGAAGUGCACUUAUGGAUAGCAUUCGAAAGGGGACAACAUUGAAGAAAGUGGAUACAAGUACACUAAGUACCGGAAGUGGUGACUCUCGAAGUGAGCUUUUAUCUGAAAUUCGAUCAGGAAUUGAAUUACGGCCAGUUGAGAACCGAGAACUAGCUCCGGCCUCGAACCGAGCAAGCGAUGAUAGUUGUGGUACUGAUGCCCUAGCAGACGCACUUCGACGAGCUUUACAAGAACGUGGUCGUGUCAUUCAAUCUUCAGAUGAUGAUGAUAGCAAUCAAAGCUCUGACAAUGAUGGUGAAUGGGAUUAAAUUAAAAAACAAAAAGUAAAGAAAAAAAAAUGUAUCAUACAGAGUAAUAUAAUACAUCAUGACCACUUUUAAAUAUUUAGGGAAAAAUAGUUCAAUUGAUUAUAAAUUAAUUAAAAACAAAAAAAAUAUAAAAUGUAUUCUUACAUAUUUACCAACUCAUGGUUGUUUGCACUUCAUAUCCAUAUCCGUAGAUAGACUUUUUUCCUCAAAUGGUUUAAUUGAUAAACAAACAAAGUUAAUUCUGGCAAAGGCAUUUAUUUGAUUGUGUGCAUUUUUUGAAUAUUGAACCAUUUGAAUAAAUUAUAUCAUCCUUCAUCAUCGACUCGUUGUAGCACUUUUUUGAUUAUAUGUUUCCAAAUCUUUUAGGGAAUUUGAAAAAACAAAAAAUCUUAUCCAAAUAAAUUUCAAUUUUAUUCUUAACCCUAAUGUGCCAAAAUGCAAAGGUUUAAACUUGUAAUGAAACAUUUUAGAAAAAUCUUAAGAAAAGAAAAAAAAAAUCAAUGAACAGAAAGAAUGAAGACUCCUUGAUAUAGAACUUAUAUUCAUCUAAUGUGCCUAGAUCCCCUUAAAAGGCUGCAGAAUGAACUAUUUUAAUAUUCCCAUUAUAAGAAAUCUAGAUUUAUAUAAAAAACAACAAACAAAAAAAUAAUACAUUUUAAAUCUUAACUAAAACAACAACAAACAAACAUAACACAAAAUAAAAUUACAUAAUUUAUGAAUUAUGUAAUUAAAUGUAUUUACAGAGAAAUUUGUAUACCCAAUUUUGUUUCAAACAAAACAAAAAAAAAUAUUAUUCAGGUCAUAAAAAAUAAUACAUUAUAAUACGUUACCGUUCUUGUUAAUAAAAAAUGUAACUUAUAAUAAUAAUAAUUACUUACUUUACCUAUAACAACAACAAAAAAAACCUUACAUAUAAAAAAAAUAUGAAAUCACAAAAUGAAAAAAAAAAACAAUUAAAUUGAAAUUAUUUUAACUGUUGCAUGCAUGUUUGUUAUUGACGAAAACAAAACUAAAAAAACGAAUUAAAAAAAAAAUAAAACAAAUAGUUUUAAUUUUAAAUAAAAAUAAAUAAAAAAAAUUAUACUCUAUAAAGGGCAUUUUUCAGAAGAGCUUCAACCAAAGGUUGAAAAGCGUUUUUUGAUUUGAAUGUAUAAAAAAAAUUGUUAUUCUUUCCAUGUUAACUUUAUUUUAUUCCAAAAAAAAUUAAUUACUUUUAAUCUUUAAUCUGUAUAAAAAAUCGAUGUAAAGAGUUAUUAACAUGAAAUAAAUUAUCUAGUA